GUACGCCAUCAGCCGGCGCCGCGCCGCCGGGUGUUACUUUGCCCCGCCGGCGGGGCGGUCAGCCUCCUGUCACCGCCUGUUCCGGCUAUGGUCCCGUCCGGUGUUCUGUAAGUUGGCAACCUAGGCUCCUGACGCGACCCUGGUCCUGAUGGCGGCGGCGACGGCCGCGGCAGCCCUGGCGACGGCCGAUCCCCCUCCCGCAAUGCCGCAGGCGGCAGGGGCCGGAGGGCCCACAACCCGCAGAGACUUCUACUGGCUGCGCUCCUUUCUGGCCGGAGGUAUUGCUGGAUGCUGUGCCAAAACAACAGUUGCUCCAUUGGAUCGAGUAAAGGUUUUAUUACAAGCUCACAAUCACCAUUACAAGCAUUUAGGAGUAUUUUCUGCAUUGCGUGCUGUUCCUCAAAAAGAAGGAUUCCUUGGAUUGUAUAAAGGAAAUGGUGCAAUGAUGAUUCGAAUCUUUCCCUAUGGUGCAAUCCAGUUUAUGGCAUUUGAGCAUUAUAAAACGUUAAUUACUACGAAGCUGGGAAUUUCGGGUCAUGUGCACAGAUUAAUGGCUGGAUCCAUGGCAGGUAUGACAGCAGUUAUCUGUACUUACCCUCUUGACAUGGUUAGGGUCCGCCUAGCAUUCCAGGUGAAAGGGGAACACACCUAUACAGGAAUUAUUCAUGCAUUCAAAACAAUUUAUGCAAAGGAAGGUGGUUUCUUUGGAUUUUACAGAGGUCUGAUGCCUACUAUUUUAGGAAUGGCUCCAUAUGCAGGUGUUUCAUUUUUUACUUUUGGUACCUUGAAGAGUGUUGGGCUUUCCCAUGCUCCUACCCUUCUUGGCAGACCUUCAUCAGACAAUCCUAAUGUCUUAGUUUUGAAAACUCACGUAAACUUACUUUGUGGUGGUGUUGCUGGAGCAAUAGCGCAGACAAUAUCCUACCCAUUUGAUGUGACUCGUCGGCGAAUGCAAUUAGGAACUGUUCUGCCGGAAUUUGAAAAGUGCCUUACCAUGCGGGAUACUAUGAAGUAUGUCUAUGGACACCAUGGAAUUCGAAAAGGACUCUAUCGUGGUUUAUCUCUUAAUUACAUUCGCUGUAUUCCCUCUCAAGCAGUGGCUUUUACAACAUACGAACUUAUGAAGCAGUUUUUUCACCUCAACUAAAAAAAAAUUAUGGUUGGUUUUUCUUAAUACAUUCUCAGAGGGAGAAAUGAAACAUUACUAUAAUUGUGGGGGGAACAUUACUUGAAUGGGGAUAUUUACCCUGUCACAAGAGCCACUGGUAUUUUAGUACUUGAUUAUUUUUUCUUUAGUCACAAAUCAGAAGUGCUUACCAUACUUUUUGAUGCCAAACAUUAUACCUUAGAACAUGGAAGAAAAUAUUCCUAAGCUGAUGCUGGCUAAACCGCUUUAAAGUUUUAUUUGGAAGUAGAACUAGCUUUAAAACGGGGUUCAAGAGGUUGCCAUUAGCUUUGUCAUGCUCUUCAAAGUUUUUAAUUGUUAUCAUGGUUUUUAAAAGACUGACAGUGUUUAUUAUUAUUAAAAUAAACAGGGUUGGUUAUAUUGCAAUAGAAUAAUGAGAAUUGAAUUUUUAAGUUCUAUGAAACAGCCAGCAUUGACAUUUUAUUUUUGUUAUCUCUCUUCUCACAAUUAUGCUCCACUGGAUAAUAGGAAAAACACUUCUUUCCUUCAUUUUUUAAAUAAAAUUAAUGUUGUAUUUAAAAAGUAGCCAUGUAGAGACACAAAAAUAAAUGAAGAAGCUGGACAUGGUGGGAUAGGCAUGUGGUCCCAGCUACUCUGGAAGCUGAGGUGAGAGGAUCACUUGAGCCCUGGAAUUCCGUGCCAGCCUAUGCAACAUCAUGAAACCCCGCUUAAUAAAUGAAUGAGUGACUAAGUCUUGCUCAAAUGUUAUUAUGAGGUACUAUGAGUGACUUACAUGUGUUUUAAAAUGUCAGUGUGUUUCCUAGAGGCAGAAAUAAAAAUACUGAAUAUCUUUGCUCUUAAAAAAAAAAGUAGCACUAUAGAUUUGUUUUUGUUAGAUGAUUUGUUCUAUACUAGAAUAUUUAAGUAGACUGUGAAAUAUUAAUAUAGAUGUGAAUAUCAAAAAAUGUUUCUAAGGUAUUAUGAUGCAUCAACUAGUUCUUCCAUGUAAAAUAAUUUUAGUGCAAUAUGAAGACGUAGAAAUGUAAAAUAUGAUUUGAAUUGUUAUCCUUUAUAUUAAGAAAAUGUUUUAAAAUGUAAGAAUUCCAUUUAUUCUGUUUAGAGUACUUUUUAUGAUUUAUUAUAAGCAUGUCAGAAAUGGGAAGGGAAUAUUUAAAGUUCUGUGUUCAGAAAGAGUAAUUUGUAGAACUGAUGUGACUUUUUUUUUUUUUUUUUGAGAUGGAGUCUCGCUCUAUCACCCAGGCUGGAGUGCAGUGGCGCGAUCUCAGCUCACUGCAACCUCUGCCUCCCGGGUUCAAGUGAUUCUCCUGCCUCAGUCUCCCAAGUAGCUGGGACUACAGGUGCCCACCACCAAAAAUUCGCCUGGCUAAUUUUUGUAUUUUUAGUAGAGACGGGAUUUCACCGUGUUAGCCAGGAUGGCCUCGAUCUCCUGACCUCAUGAUCUGCCCACCUUGGUCUCCCAAAGUGCUGAGAUUACUGGCGUGAGCCACGGCGCCCGGCCCUUUGAUGUGACUUUAAAGACAUUAGAAGGCCGGGUGUGGUGGCUCACGCCUUUAUUCCCAGCACUUUGGGAGGCCGAGUUGGGUGGAUCACCUGAAGUCAGGAGUUUAAGAUCAGCAUGGUGAAACCCCACCUCUACUAAAAAUACAAAAAGUAGCAGGUGUGGUGGCUCGUGCCUGUAGUCCCAGUUACUCGCGAGGCUGAGACAUGAGAAUUGCUUGAGCUCAGGAAGCGGAGGUUGCAGUGAGCUGAGAUCACACCACUGCACUCCAGCCUGGGUGACAGAAUGAGCCUCCAUCUCAAAAAAAAGGAGACAUUAGAAAACUAAGUUGAGGCCAGGCGUGGUGGCUCUUGCCUGUAACCCUAGCACUUUGGGAGGCUGAGGUGGGAGGAUAUCUUGACCCCAGGAGUUCGAGACCAGCCUGGGCAACAUAGUGAGACCCCGUUUCUUUCAAACAAAAGAAGGAAAACUAAAUUGAAAGUGUUAUUUUUGCUUCAAUUUUUAUUUCUUUACAUAAAAGGUUUCUUGUCAUACCUUGGUAAAAAUUUGAUGAGCUGGUUUCAUUUUGAAAGCCUUUAUUUUAAAAAUAAGUAUGUAUCUUUGUAUGAUUUAUAAGUGUACCAGUAGGUAGAAAUACAUGUGUUCUUGGCCAGAUGUGGUGGCUCACGCCUGUAAUCCCAGCAUUUUGGGAGGCUAAGGCGAGUGGAUCACCUGAGGUCAGGAGUUCGAGACCAGACUGGCCAACGUGGAGAAACCCUGUCUCUACUAAAAAUACAAAAAUCAGCCGGGCAUGGUGGCAGGCGCCUGUAAUCCCAGCUACUUGGGAGGCUAAGGCAGGGAGAAUUGCUUGAACCCAGGAGGCACAGGUUGCAGUGAGCCAAGAUUGUGCCAUUGCACUCCAGCCUGGGUGGCUGUAUAAAAGCCUGUAUAAAAAUUUCUUUAAUACAGAGUGAGACUGUAUAAAAGAAAAAAAAAAGGCUGUACAAAAAUUUCUUUUAUACAGAGUGAGACUGUAUAAAAGAAAAAAAAAAAGAAAUACAUGUGUUCUUAAAACCAUUUGUAUAUUUUCAUUUCUAGACCACAUUGUAGCUAAUUAUUGUUAUUAAAUGUUAAGAUAAUUUAAGUAUAUAAAAUAAGUAUUGAGCCGGGCAUGGUGGCUCACCCCUGUAAUCUCAGCACUUUGGGAGGCUGAGGCGGGGGGAUCACGAGGUCAGGAGAUCGAGACCAUUGUGGCUAACACGGUGAAAACCCAUCUCUACUAAAAAUACAAAAAAUUAGCUGGGCGUGGUGGCACGCACCUGUAGUCCCAGUUACUCGGGAGGCUGAGACAGGAGAAUCACUUGAACCUGGGAGGCGGAGCUUGCAGUGAGCCGAGAUUGUGCCACUGCAUUCCAACCUGGGCGACAGAGCAAGACUCCAUCUCAAAAAAAAAAAAAAAAAAAAAAAAGAUACCUCAGUUAUGUUAUCAGUAAAAGGGGAUUGCAAAUAUCUUUUAAAUAAAAAUUUGCAUUCUAUAUGUUAUAGAAUACAGAGGAUAUUAAAAAUAAAUUUUAUCCAUGUUUUGACAAUUUCUUUCUUUUAACUGUUUACAUAUUGAAGCACAAAUGCUAAACAUAAGUCAGAAUGGAAGAAUAUUUAAAAUAAUGACUGUGUUUAUAUCUGAUUUAUUUCAGAUUACCCAAAGUGCAUCUUGCCAGGUUAUCUUCCAUUUGAAGACUGACAUUUUAUUUCUUUUUUGAUCUUUAUUGUUCCUCUCUUCCACCUCUCAGUGGGUAUAGCUCUCUGGUCUGUAGAAUGGGACAGUGGUCUGGUUUCCAGAUUGAUAAGUGAGGUAUACCUCCUAGUUUUCAAUAAUUACCUGUAGAAGGUGGAGAAGUUACUGGAUAUGUUUAAUAAUAUCUCAUUACAUUCUUUUUUUUUUUUUUUUUUUUUUUUUUUAAUGAGAGUCUUAACUCUGUCACCCAAGCUGGAGUGCAGUGGUGCAAUCUCGGCUCACUGCAAUCUCCACCUCUGGGUUCAAGCGAUUUUCCCGAGUCAUCUUUCCAAGUAAUUGGGAUUACAGCUAUGUGCUACCAUGCCCAGCUGAGUUUUGUAUUUUUCUUUCUUUUCUUUCUUUUUUUUUUUUUUUGAGACAGAGCCUCACUCUGUUGCCCAGGCUGGAGUGCCCAGGCUGGAGUGCAGUGGUGUGAUCUCAGCUCACUGCAACCUCCACCUCCUGGGUUCUAGCGAUUCUCCUGCUUCAGCCUCCUGAGUAGCUGGGAUUACAAGCACCCGCCACCAUGCCCAGCUAAUUUUUGUGUAUUUAGUAGAGCUGGGUUUUGCCCUGUUGGCCAGGCUGGUCUUGAAUACCUGACCUCAAGUGAUCUGCCCCCGCCCGACUUCCCAAAAUGCUGGGACUACUGGCAUGAGCCAGUGCUCCUGUCCUCAUUCCAUUCUUCACCAUGGUACUGUCCAUCCAUUUAUUCAGCACCAAUUGUGUGCCAGACCUUGUGUCAGCAUUAUGGAGGACUUCCCUUGGGAGACUUGUUAGCUGUACUUGCAAUCUGAUUUGGGUUCCCAAAUCAGCAUAUAACACCAGGUAUUUCUCUAAUAGAGUAUGUGCCACACUUUAUGCUAACUGCCUGUUUAUCAGUGUCCCCACAUCCCAAUAUCUGGUUCCUUCAAGGGCAGGGAGCACAGGGUAUGGCGUCAGAGUGGUACUCAGUGAUGUUUACUGGUGGGUAGAAGGAAGGGUUAGUCCCUGUUUUUGAAGACUUUAUGUUCUAGCAGGGAGAAAUGAAGCACAAAUAGUUCAAGAAAUAAACAAUUUAGAAAUAAAGUCAUUUGGUUUGCUUCGCA